AUGUAUGCAGUGAUGCAAGUAACAGCGAGACAGAUUGUAAGAGUAGUGGGGUUGGUGAGAAGGUAUGAUGUAGGUGGUAGUGAGGCAGUUUGUAGGUUUAGUGGGGUUGGUGAGAAGGUAUGCAGUGAUGCAGGUGGUAGCGAGACAGUUUGUAAGAGUAGUGGUGUUGAUGAGAAGGUAUGCAGUGAUGAAGAUGGUAGUGAGACAGUUUGUAAGAGUAGUGGGGUUGGUGAGAAGGUAUGCAGUGAUAUAAGUAACAGCGAGACAGAUUGUAGGAGUAGUGGGGUUGGUGAGAAGGUAUGCAGUGAUGCAGAUGGUAGUGAGACAAUUUGUAACAGUAGUGGGGUUGGUGAGAAGGUAUGCAGUGAUGCAGGUAACAGCGAGGCAGUUUGUAGAAGUAUUGAGGUUGGUGAAAAGGUAUGCAGUAAUGCAGGUAACAGCGAGACAGAUAGUAGGAGUAGUGGGGUUGGUGAGAAGGUAGGCAGUGAUGGAGGUGGUAGUGAGACAGUUUGUAAGAGUAGUGGGGUUGGUGAGAAGGUAUGCAGUGAUGUAGGUGGUAGUGAGGUAGUUUGUAGGAGUAGUGGGGUUGGUGAGAAGGUAUGCAGUGUUGUAGGUGGUAGUGAGACAGUUUGCAGGAGUAGUGGGGUUGGUGAGAAGAUAUGCAGCGAUGUAGGUUAUAGUGAGACAGUUUGUAAAAGUAGUGGGAUUGGCGAGAAGGUAUGCAGUGAUGCAAGUAACAGCGAGACAGAUUGUAGGAGUAGUGGGGUUGGUGAGAAGAUUUGUAAGAGUAAUUGGGUUGGUGAGAAGGUACGCAGUGAUGCAGGUAACAGAGACAAUUUGAGUAGUGGGGUUGGUGAGAAGAUAUGCAGCGAUGUAGGUUAUAGUGAGACAGUUUGUAAAAGUAGUGGGAUUGGCGAGAAGGUAUGCAGUGAUGCAAGUAACAGCGAGACAGAUUGUAGGAGUAGUGGGGUUGGUGAGAAGGUUUGUAAGAGUAGUUGGGUUGGUGAGAAGGUAUGCAGUGAUGCAGGUAACAGCGAGACAGAUUGUAGGAGUAGUGGGGUUGGGGAGAAGGUAUGCAAUGAUGCAGGUAACAGCGAGACAGAUUGUAGGAGAAGUGGGGUUGGUGAGAAGGUAUGGAGCGAUGUAGGUGGUAGUGAGACAGUUUGUAGUAGUAGUGGGGUUGGUGAGAAGGUAUGCAGUGAUGCAGGUAACAGCGAGACAGUUUGUAGGAGUAGUGGGGUUGGUGAGAAUGUAUGCAGUGUUGUAGGUGGUAGUGAGAUAGUUUGUAGUAGUGGGGUUCCUGAGAAGGUAUGCAGCGAUGUAGGUGGUUUUAGUGAGUGA